UGGUGGUGGUGUUUGUGAGACUUUGUCUUCCUCUAUCUAAUGCUCAAGUCAAAGUUUAAGGACAGGUAGCGUCCCCUUCGGUCUGAUCGGGCAACCUGCUCCUGCUGGGCUUUGGCAGCCAUGGCUGGAGGAGCCGGCGGCGGCGGGGCGGCGGAGAUAACGCUGGAGCGCACGCCGACGUGGAUCGUCGCGUCCGUGUGCUCCGUCAUCGUCCUCAUCUCCCUGUUCUUCGAGCGCCUGCUCCACCGCCUCGGCAAGAGGCUCACAAAAGGCCGAAGGAAGCCGCUGUACGAGGCCCUGCUCAAGGUCAAAGAAGAGCUGAUGCUGCUGGGGUUCAUCUCCCUGCUGCUCACCGUGUUCCAGGGAGCCACGCAGAAGAUAUGCGUCCGGGAGAGCCUGAUGCAGCACCUCCUGCCGUGCCCGCGCAACGGCGCCGGUGCCGCCAAGAGCGUGCAGCAUUAUGCCGCGGGCGCCACCGUGUUCACCGGUGUGGUGGGCAGCACGAGGAGACUCCUGGCAGGUGGAGGCGCCUCCAGUGACUAUUGCCUCAAUAAGGGCAAAGUUCCAAUUCUUUCGAUCCAAGCUAUCCAUCAGUUACACAUAUUUAUCUUCGUCUUAGCGGCUACCCAUGUGAUUCUUAGUGCUAUUACAAUUAUUCUUGGAAUCACACAGACAAGAAAAUGGAAACACUGGGAGGACAAGAUCCAGCAAAGCGACGAUAAUGGUCCUCAAAUGGUCAGACAUGUGCAAGAAUUCAAAUUUAUCAAAAAACACUUUAAAGGUCAUGGAAGACGAUGGGAAAUAUUCGGUUGGCUGCGUUCUUUCUUCAAACAAUUCUACGGAUCAGUCACCGAAGAGGACUACACAACCCUGCGACUUGGCUUCGUCAUGAAACACAGCAAGGGGCAUCUAAAAUUCAACUUUUACAAUUACAUGAAUAGAGCACUAGAAGGGGAUUUCAAGAAAGUUGUUGGCAUAAGCUGGUACCUUUGGGCUAUGUUGAUGAUAUUCUUGCUACUUAAUGUUCAUGGAUGGCAUGUCUACAUUUGGAUAUCUAUAGCCCCUUUCAUUUUGCUACUUUUGGUUGGAAGUAAGCUGGAGCAUAUUAUCACGGAGCUAGCUAUCGACGUUGCCCAGAAGAAUACUGCAAUAGAAGGGGAACUAGUUGUAGCUCUUUCAGAUGAAUUCUUUUGGUUUCACCGGCCUAAACUAGUCCUUCUAUUGAUCCAUAUCAUCUUGUUCCAAAAUGCAUUUGAGAUUGCAUUUUUCUUCUGGCUGCUGGUAACAUAUGGAUUUAAAUCAUGUAUUAUGGGAAAACCAGCAUAUGCUAUUGCUCGUCUGGUGAUAAGUGUCAUCGGCCAACUCCUCUGUGGAUACAGCACCCUCCCUCUGUAUGCUCUCAUAUCUCAAAUGGGAAGUUCGUUCAAGAAAGCCAUGUUUGAUGAAAGUAUAUCUGAAGGCCUCGCCAAUUGGGCUCAUAAGGCUAGGAAGCGUAAUACAAAGCCAGCAGCAAGUGUUGGUGACAAUUCAUCCGUUGGUGAGGAAAUUCAAAUGACAAAUGCAAGAAGAGAAUCAGCAAUAUAGCAAGGGACUGCUCGGCUGAUCUAAGUGAUUACAUAUCAAAUGUAUGUGCUAGUGUAUAAUUACUGUAUAGAUAUAUCUUAUAUUCACCUUCUCUUCUUGAAUGCACGAGCAAGUUAGGCAACAAUUGUUCAUGUUUUUCUAAGGAACAAUGGUUCAUGUCGAUCAUGGUAUUAACCGUGGACUGUUCCGUACCAAUU